GAACACAAGCAGGAAGAGUGAACGUUAAGCAGGUAGCUUUUAAAAAAUAGGUAAAUAAAUUCGAAUUUCUCAACAAGUUUGAACACAUAAUGGUUCGUUCAUGAGUAGGUAAAGUGUUCGUUUUAAUUAGUUCAUUUUUAAGUUAGGUAAUGAGUAAAUAUGAGGUUAGAGCGGUUUAAAUGAAAGGAGGGGGAAAAGGCUAACUAGCUUAUAUAGCUGUUUAGUAAACAAAACAGCAGGUAAAAUGGCGGAUGGGGAUUUCUUGCUGGCUCUGCAGCUGCAGGAACAGUUUGAUAACGAGGUUCCGGCUUCUGUAUGGAGCGACGACACUAGUGACGGCUAUCCCCUGAGCAAAAAGCGGAAAGUGGAGUCGUCUGAAUGGAGUGUGGUGUCGUAUAACCGGCCUGUCCAGCCCGAAAGGCCGCUGUCUAUAGUGGACGAGUCGUGGGAGAUGCUGGACCCGAAUCCAGAUGUUCGAGCCAUGUUCCUGCAGUUCAACGACUUGUUCUUCUGGGGGAAACUCAGCGGGGUGGAGGUCAGAUGGAGCCCUAGGAUGACACUGUGUGCCGGCGUGUGCUCUUACGAAGGCAGAGGAGGUCUGUGUUCGAUCCGUCUCAGCGAACCUCUCCUAAAACUCAGACCUCGUAAAGACCUGGUCGAGACGCUCCUGCACGAGAUGAUCCACGCCCUGCUGUUCGUCACGCAGAACAACCGAGACCGGGACGGGCACGGGCCGGAGUUCUGCAAACACAUGAACCGAAUAAAUCAAGCCAGCGGAACGAAAAUCUCCGUUUAUCACUCCUUCCACGACGAGGUGGACGUGUACCGGCAGCACUGGUGGCGCUGUGACGGCCCGUGUCGGACCCGCAAGCCGUUCUUCGGCUACGUGAAGAGGGCGAUGAACCGGGCGCCGUCGGCCAGAGACCCGUGGUGGGAGGACCACCGGAGAACGUGCGGAGGAACGUACACCAAGAUCAAAGAGCCGGAGAAUUAUGGGAAGAAAGGGAAAAGCGAGGAGAAGAAGGACAAGAAUGCCUCGAAGAAGCCUGGGGACAAAAUAAAACCAGGUUCUCAGGACAUCAGGAACAUCAUCCCGUUCAGCGGUAGAGGAAUCGUUCUCGGUGGGAGCACACAGCCGUCAGCAUUCAUACAGAAACCAGCCAAAAUCCAAAGCCCCACCCACUCGCCGAAACCUCUACAGGAACCCGCUCGAACCUCAGCGGCCGAUCACCUCAGAUCACCCUACAGCGUCACCACCGCUCUUCCGAAAAGGUCCGUCAGCAACCACAAAGCCUUCGUCAACAUCAACGGCUCUCCCGUGAGAGUCACCAAAACCAAUGGCAGCUUGGCGAGCCCGAAACAGAGGACGGUGCGGGAUCUCUUCCAGAACGCGAUCCCGAAAUCUCCCGGGAAAACGAAUCCGUUAGAACCGAAGCAAGCUUCAGAUAGUGCCUUAAAUCAAAACUCUGCUAAAACUAGCCUGGUCAGUAAGAGCGCCGCGAGUACCUCUGGUUCCGCAGGGUCGCCCCUUUCUAAAUACUUUGGUAGCGCUAAGAGUACCGGAACCGGAAUUCCGGGUCAGAUCAAAGGACAAGAAAACGGCGUUCCAGGUUUCGCUUCAGGGCGCUCCGAAAGCCACGGAAGUUCCGCAACCGGAAUCUCAGUUUCUGGUUCUGCAACUCGGAUCAAACCUGGAAACGGCGUUCCGAGUUCCGAUUUCAAAUACGUCGGAAGUCCGAAAAGUUCCGGAACCGGAACGCCGGCUUCCAGUUCUACCAGCAUUCCUCCAAGUUCCAGUUCAAUACACUCUGAAAGCCAAAGACGUUCAAGCACGAGUUCCACCGACUUCGGUAGCAGGGUUCCCCGUUCCAGUUUAACGUGCUUCGGAAGCCAGAAAGAUCCUGGAACUGGAAUUCCAGGUUCUAGUUCUGGAAGUCUCAUCAAAUCCGAAUCCGGCGUUCCAAAAUCCAAUUCAAGUCAGAAAAGUUCCGGAACUGGAACGUCAGGUGCAAGUUCUUCCAGCUUUCGAAGCGGCGCUCCAAGCUCCAAUCUCAAACACUUCGGAAGCCAGAGGAGUUCUGGAACUGGAGCUCCUUCCAGCGUCCCAAGCUCCAAGUCGAGGCUCUCAGGAACUCCGGAGAAAUCCGGGGCGUUUCUUCCGGCAUCCGCCUCCACAAGCCCUCACAAACCAGGCACUGCUACUGGAGGGAGGAAAAGAUGGCGGGAAGACGGGAAUUCUACACACAUCUUCGAUUACUUCCAACGACUCAGCCACUCGUCUGCAUCUUCCUCCUCGCCCUCCUCGUUCUCCAGAGAGCAUAGAGAGGAGGGAACCGGUGCUGAAGUGCCCUCUGCUGGGGCAUCAGGAGUGGGUAGUACCCUCCUCAGCUCUAUUGCCGUCACGGUCACCUGCCCCGUGUGCCAGAGCAAAGUGCUGGAGUCCCAAAUUAACCAGCAUCUAGACUCCUGUCUCAUGUGAUGAUUGUUUAGUGUGUGUGUGUGUGUGUGUGUGUGUGUGUGUGUUUUAACAAAGAUCCUGAUUUUGACAUCCUCCCUCAACAAGGGAGAGGGGCGGGGCUUAGGCUAAGUUACAGAAUUUGAUGUGUAGCCUAACGAGUGUACAUUUCGACGGUCAAGUUCUGCGAUUGGCCGAUUACGUUGCACUCAAGCUCCGCCCCUUCCGACUCACAAAAUCAGGACGUUCUAAAGACUCGUAUUAAGGGAACGACAACAACCUCGUUUUUCUCUUUCGAUCGACGAGAAUGGGUGAAGUUUUAACAAAGUGUGUGUAUGUGUGUGUGUGUGUGUGUGUGUGUGUGUGGUAACACACUCAAGAAUGCUGUAUGUUUGGAUAAACAGAGACAUCAAUCUCAGGUACAACUUUAAGUUAUCUUGGGAAGACUAGUUUUAUUGAAAAACUGACAUUCCAUUUGAAUUGGCGUGAAUUUGAUUCUUUUAAUAAACGAACCAGAAAGCAAAAAAAAAAUAAAUUAAUUGUCUGAGGGCGUGUAGGGCUGAAAACAUCCUCGUAAAACUAUUCAGUUGGUCAGAACGUAAAAAAUAUAUAUAUACAUAUAUAAUGUAAAUGUAAUGUAGUGAAUCGUUUCCUACAGUCGAGUCGAUUCAGAUUCGAAUCGCUUUCUCGCUGCAGUAGAGUUCACCCGAGUGUGUGUUCCAUCUUUUAAAAUGCUGCAGAUGUAACAAGACCUUUUUUGCCCCAGAGAGCAUCAUCAUCAUCAUCAUCAUCAUCAUCAUCAUCAUCACAGUGUCCUGAUUGGUCAGCAUUGCUGUGAUUGACAGCGCCGAGUCAUUCGUGUCCUUGGACGUAUUUACGGCGCUUCAGCGUUAUCGGAUUCCGUACGUUCCGUACGCGGGGUCAGACUGGAGCCCGGAUAUUUCCGGAUCGUCGUCAAUAUCUCUUCCACAUGCCGUCAGCGCAGUCAGGGCUGUACUACACAUCACAUCCCAUCACGACGCAGCUUCUUUUCACCUCAUCUCCACACGAAAGCAUUAUCACGUCUUCUUAAUCGAUAACGCUGUGAAUCGGAGAAGAAAAUGGCUCAGGUGUGACGUAUCGUUCGGGGAACGAUACGUGGUUCAUGACUCAUAACGGAGACUGUUUUCCAGGUGGUUUUAGCGUUAAGAAAUCUUGUUGCACAAUGCAAGAGCUGUGGAUUAAGAUGUUCUGAUGAUGUUGUUGCCAGAUUCGUGAUAACAGGUUGUAACGUGCAGCAGUUGAAGUCCGGAUGCAAUGCUGCUAAGUAUUAUGUUUUUUGUUUAUGUUUUUUUUACAACAGUUUUAACAGCUACUCUAAAUCUUAAACGUUAUAAUUUAUAAGGCGAGUCACGUUUCUUUACUGUUUUUAGAUUUUUUGUAUCAAGUUCAUGUUUGAAUAAAUAGAACUCUAAUCCCUAA